CGGAGGCGGGGCCGGGCCGGGCGGUGCCGGAGGAGCCCGAGCUGAGGCCGGCUGAGGCCCCGUUCCGCCCCGCUCCGCUCCGCUCGCUGCCCCGGCGAUGGCGCAGGCGGCGCUGGGCGCGGCGGGGCUGCACUUUGACGAGCUGAACAAGCUGCGGGUGCUGGAGCCCGAGGUGGCGGCGCAGACGGCGCAGCUCCGCGAGCAGUGCCGGGCCUUCGUGGACAAAACAGCAGAAUUUCAGAACAUAGUGGGCAGCUUGAUUGAGCUCGUUGACCAACUGGCCAAAGCCGUAGAAAGUGAGAAGAUGAAGGCCAUCGGGGCACGGAACCUGCUGAAGUCGAUUGCAAAGCAGAGAGAGGCUCAGGAGCAGCAGCUCCAGGCUUUGAUAGCUGAGAAAAAGAUGCAGCUGGAAAGGUACCGGAUCGAGUACGAGACUCUCUGCAAAAUCGAAGCGGACCAGAACGAAUUCAUCGACCAGUUCAUCUUCCAGAAAUAGAGGAUUUUAAGAUAAAAACCAGCUCACAUGGAAACUUGACCAUUCCAGAAUCUUGAGAAUUUCAGAAAUAUGCAAUUUCCACUGUGCAGGAGUGCAGAUGGUUUGUACAAUGGAGGGGCUGUACCUCGGUUUGAGAGUACCACGGCAAUAAGAAGGGCUGACAGCUCACAGCUGCACAGACUGUUCUGGCCUUUGAUUUUAUACCAGUUUUGUACAGUCAGUAGUUCUAAUUCAAAUUCCAGUUGAAUUAAUGCUACUGGUGCUUUGUUGUGUCGCUUUUUGAAGUCUACAGCUCUUUCAUAGAAAUCAGAAAAUAAAUUAUCGUUCUCAGACUGUCUGGCUGUACCAGAA